AUGUCAAUGAUAACGGCUACAGCAUGGGUUCGACGAGGCGUCGCUGCCCAGUUCCCCGAGCGCUACGAGAUAGACGAAGCAGAGAUCAGUCGGAUCUCGAAACUCGCCAAAGUUCAGCUUGAAAGCGCGAGGACAGACCUAGAAGCUGCCAGGGAUGCGGGUGAUGAUGACAACGAAGACGGCGAUGAAGACGAUGUUAUGGACACAGUAGAUGAUGCAGAGGUCGAAAAGAAGAGUGAAAAGGAGAAGGGAGAGAAAAAGGGCAAAGGAGUGGAUGAGGAUGAUGAAUUGGCGGAAUAUGAUAUGGAACAUUAUGACAGUGAUCCACGGGAUGAAGAAGGAGACGAGGUGACCAUGUUUGGCAAUGUCCAAUCCCUGGCCUACCACCAACCGCACGAGAAAGACCCCUACCUUGUCCUGCCGGACAAAGCAGACGGAGCUGGUGAUGAUUCUGACGAGGAACGAGAAGAUCUCCAGAUUCUGCCAUCUGAUAACCUGUUGUUGGCAGGUAAAGUGGAAGAUGAGGUGGCCCAUCUAGAGGUAUACGUCUACGAAGACGAGGCAGACAAUCUGUACGUCCAUCAUGAUGUGAUGCUGCCUGCGAUCCCACUCUGUGUUGAAUGGCUAGAUAUACCCGUUGGCAGCCAGGCUAGAGAGACAGGUCGAUCGCAUGGCAACUUUGUUGCCGUUGGAACGAUGGAGCCCGACAUUGAGAUUUGGGAUCUGGACGUGGUAGACUGUAUGUACCCCAGUGCGAUCCUGGGCAAGGCACCAGACGACGAGGGAGAGCAGCAGAAAAAGAAGAAGAAAAAGAAGAAGAGCGUGGCGAAGAAGAAUGACGAGUACCAUGUCGAUGCCGUGCUGGGCCUGGCAGCAAACCGUCAACAUCGGAACUUGCUCGCCUCUGCAUCCGCGGACUGUACCGUCAAACUAUGGGAUCUAAACGACGCCAACACUACUCGCUGCGCCAAGUCUUACACCCACCACACGGACAAAGUAUGCUCUAUCGACUGGCACUCAAAGGAAUCAACUGUCCUUCUAAGCGGCUCAUACGAUCGCAGUGUGGUAGCAUGCGACAUGCGCUCGGCAGAGGGCCAGGUCGGCCGGUGGACUGUCCCAAGUGACGUCGAGUGUGUCCGCUGGGACCCGCUGGACUCCAACAUCUUCUACAUCACUACAGAUGGCGGUCAAGUAGUCUGCCACGAUCUUCGAACACCGGACUCUGCACUGUGGACUCUGCAGGCCCACGAUAGCUCGGUGUCGUCCUUUGACGUCAACGCUUUCAUCCCGGGCUUCCUCGUGACAGGGUCAACAGACAAGACGGUCAAGAUAUGGAACGUCCUUGACAAUAAGCCAAGCAUGGUCGUGAGCCGUAAAGUGGAGGAAGUCGGUAAAGUCUUUUCGACUGGCUUUGGACCCGAUAGGGGCGUUGCAUUCCGCCUUUCUAUUGCGGGAAGUAAAGGGGCAGUGAAGGUAUGGGAUACGUCAACUAACGGGGCCAUCCGAAGGGCGUUUGCUACAAAGAUGGCGGCCAGUGCGGAGGAGAUGGGUGUGAGGGAGGGAAGAGCCGAAGGGGAAGGACAAGGAAUGGUCGGUGUUGCUGACGAUGAGGAAGAGGACGACGACGACGAUGAAGAUGCGGAGAUGAAGUGA